AGCCUGGUCAUAGUGACUCUGAAGAAUUGCAUUCUACUAGUGGUAAUAAUGAUUUCUCUGAUCAUGGUAAUGAUGAUGAGUUUUAUGAUAUUUAUUCUAGUGACAGCCUUCCUGAUUAUAACGGUCUUCCUGAUUAUGAUUUUCCUGAUUAUGAUAACUACAACGGUUCUUCCGAUAAUUAUGAGAACUAA